GUCAACUUGGUCUGUACUAAAAUCGACCAGACGGUGAUGGAAAGAAAGGAGGGAUGCCAAGAAAAGGAAAGGGUGGGAGAGAGAAGCGGAAAGCGCGACAGAAGAAUUUGGCACCACAGAGAAUUGGACAGUUAUAAAAUUGUGAUCAUCUGAAACACGAUUUUUGGUUAUUUGACGCGGGGUUACAUUUGCCCAAAAUUGAGCGGCUCCUAUUGCUGCUGCUGCUGCUGCUGCUGCUGCUGCCAUUGGCAGACAUCGGUGGGGUUCAAGGCAUAAACGGGAUCCACCGAUGAGAUAGUCAGAAGACUUACACGGCACCUAAUCUCUUCAUGAAGUGGAUCAAGAUGAUGGAGCCUUUUUUGACCCUACUGGUCCUCAGCUCACUUACACUCAAAGCUUUUGGUGGAGAAGUAUGUGUCUCUGGUCAUGAUAGCGGGCCAGUCUUUGAAGAACAACCAAGCAGUUUAAUUUACCCAGAAGGGCUGAGUGAAGGGGAGGUAGUUCUCAGCUGUCAGGCCAGGGCAAGUCCAGCUGCAUCCUACAGGUGGUUGGUGAAUGGUACUGAGGUCCCGCUGGGUUUAGACCUCCGUUUUACUCUGGUUGCUGGCAAUUUGGUGAUCAGUAGACCCGAGUCUGGUCGAGACACGGGUUCUUAUCAGUGUCUUGCCAUCAACCGCUGUGGAACUAUCAUCAGCAGAGCAGCAAACCUGAAAUUUGGCUACCUUCACGACUUCCCUCCUGACAGCAGGAGUCCUCAGACAGCUUAUGAAGGCAUCGGAACAUUCCUGGCAUGUCAGCCACCUCCACAUUACCCAGCUCUAUCCUACCGGUGGCUCCUCAAUGAGUUUCCCAACUUCAUCAAGAAAGAUGAUGGCCGCUGGUUUGUAUCCCAGGUAACAGGUAACCUCUACCUGGCCAAAGCGGAGCCCAACGACACUGGAAACUACUUCUGCUUCACUACCAUCAACAUGGACAUCAGUACGAAGAGUACCUUCAGCAAAGCUAACCAACUCACCGUGCUGCCUGAAGCCAAUCCAAAGAAGUCCGCUCCAAGCAUCAAGGUACGCUUCCCGGCGGAGACCUACGCCCUUGCCGGACACACUGCCCAGUUAGAGUGCUUUGCCUAUGGAAAUCCAGUCCCAAAACUGAGAUGGAAAAAGGUGGAUGGACUUAUGCCGUCUAAGGCAGGUUCGAGUGUUGCGGGUCCGACUCUCAUCCUACCAGAUCUCUCCUUUGAUGACGAGGGUGUUUAUGAAUGUGAAGCCCACAAUUCUGAGGGAGUUGAUGUGUACCAGGGCCGCAUCAGUGUGCAAGCUCAGCCAGACUGGUUGCAGGUGAUGAGUGACUCUGAGGUCGAGAUCAGUUCUGAACUGCAAUGGAGUUGCGUGGCUGCUGGUAAACCACGACCUUCUAUUCGCUGGCUCCGCAAUGGACAGCCGCUCACUACACAGGAUAGAGUAGAAGUAAAUGCAGCUCGUCUCAAAAUCAGCAACCUAGCCCUGGAGGAUUCUGGGAUGUACCAGUGUGUCGCUGAGAACAAGCAUGGAACUAUCUACUCUACUGCUGAGCUUCGAGUCCAAGUUCAGGCUCCAGACUUCAGAUUGAACCCUGUGCGGAAACUGAUCCCUGCAGCCAGAGGGGGACAAGUGAUGAUUGAGUGUCGCCCACGAGCAGCCCCUAAACCAAGUCUGUUCUGGAGUCGUGGGACUGAGUUGCUCACCAACAGCAGCAGGGUAACUGUGACUCCUGAUGGAAUCUUGUGGAUCACUAACAUAAGCAGGGCAGAUGAAGGGAAAUACACUUGCUUUGCUGAGAAUUACCUGGGCAAAGCUAACAGCACAGGACACCUCUCUGUCAGAGAUGCGACCAAAAUCACAUUGGCUCCAUCCAACGCCGACAUCAAUCAAGGUGAGAAUGUGACACUCCAGUGCCAUGCCUCUCAUGAUCCCACCAUGGACCUGACCUUCACCUGGGCCCUCAAUGGGGCUCUUCUGGACCUGGAGGACUCCACAGGUCCAUACCACCGAAUAGAAGGGAAGGAAACCACUGGAGACCUGCUUAUUGUGAACGCUCAGCUGAGUCAGGCAGGCACUUAUACAUGUGCAGCUCAAACUGUGGUCGACAGCGCCUCAGUUACAGCCAAACUGGUUGUACGAGGGCCCCCUGGACCACCUGGCGGUUUACUGGUAAGGAAUGUAGCAGAGACAUCUGUGGAGCUGAGGUGGAGUCGUGGCUAUGACAACCACAGUCCAAUCGGCAAUUAUGUGAUCAUGGGAAGAUCUUCUCUGUCAUCAAAGUGGAAACAGAUGCGGACCGAGCCAGUGAACAUUGAGGGGAAUGCGGAGUCUGCACAUGUGAUUGGCCUAGUACCCUGGAUGGAUUAUGAAUUUCAGGUCAUUGCCAGCAAUAUCCUGGGCAGUGGAGAGCCCAGCAUGCCCUCACAUACCAUCCGCACGCAACAAUUAGCUCCAUCAGUGGCUCCCAGUGGACUUGGAGGUGGAGGUGGCGAUCGCAAUGAACUUAUCAUAACAUGGACACCCAUGGCCAGAGAAUACCAGAAUGGUGAUAGCUUUGGCUACAUCCUGGCUUUCAGGAAGAAAGACACAUCAUCAUGGACAGAAGUGCGCAUACCUUUCGUGGAGUCAUCCCGAUAUGUGUACUACAAUGCCACUCUGAUGCCAUACAGCCCCUUUGAAGUGAAAAUUAAAGCUGUUAACCGAAGGGGCGAAGGUCCCUUCAGCCAGAUUGCUGUUGUCCAUUCUGCUGAGGAAGAGCCAACGGUUGGACCUUUAAGCAUAAAUGUCACUGCACUGACAGCUUUUGAGAUCCAAGUGUCAUGGGAGCCUGUCCUGCAACCGAAUACCAAUGGCAUCCUCAGGGGAUAUGAGAUCCGAUACUGGCGACAGCAUGAACGGGAAGCAGCAGCAGACAGAGUGCGGACAGCAGGACUUGAAACAACGGCCAGGGUGUCUGGACUGCGUCCGAGCACUCGAUAUCAUGUUGCAGUUCUGGCAUAUAACAGCGCGGGCACUGGCCCACCCUCACCACGAUCCACUGUCACCACCAAGAAACCACCUCCUAAUCGCCCUCCUGGAAAUGUAUCAUGGAGGACAGAUGGUUCAUGGGUAAUUGUGCGAUGGGACCAGGUGAAGGCCAUGCACAAUGAGUCAGCAGUACUUGGAUACAAGGUUCUGUACAAGCAUGAGGGUCAAACAGUCUUGAAAGUCCUGGACAGAGAGAAGACAUCCGUGAACUUGCCCCUGCCCAAAGACAAUGGAUAUGUUGUAUUGGAAGUGCGAUCCUGGGCUGAAGGUGGGGACGGACCUGCGCACGAGAUUAUUGUCUCCCGGGACUCAGGAACCGGCAUGAUGGUGCAGAACAAGGCAAUUGUCUCCAGUCAUUCGCUCCACCUAGUCAUUUGCAUGUUUCUUUUCACAAUUGUGUCAGCCCGAUGAUUUCACUCAGCUUUUUAGUCUACUGACUUAAAUUGAAAGCAUCUGGUACCGGUAUUUAA